AUGGGAAUUAAGAUAGGUUACUUUGUUUCAAGACUCAGUGUGCCAAAGUCGCCCGCGCAGUCGACCGCUCGACACAGUAGUGUGCGCGCGCAACUUUUAAUCGUUUUCUUUGUUCGCACAUCGAGGGAAAUGCCAACACCGGACUUCAGUUUCGAUUUGGAGUUAGGAGAACCUACAACAGAGCUGCUGGAACAUGCUCGAUUGCACUGCGGCGAAGAUCCCAACACUCGCUUACAGGCUAUAUAUGAACUGAGGGACAUGAUAUAUGAACGUGGAGAGUGUGAUCCGCACCGUAUGGAUGAUGAAUUCUUAAUUCGAUUUCUACGAGCUCGUAACUUCAUUCCACAAAGGGCGCACAGACUGAUGGUGAACUAUUAUAAAUUCAAGAAAGAAAACUCGGAACUUUUCGAAAAUGUCUACCCGUUAAAUCUUCGGCACAUAGGUGAUGCUGACAUUUUGGCUGUCCCACCUUACCACGAUCAGAAUGGACGAAGAUUACUUAUAUAUAGAAUUGGUUGUUGGGAUCCUAAAACCAUUCCGAUCGAUGAUCUUUUUAAAGCUACAAUAUUGGCUUUAGAACUGGGUAUGUUGGAGCAGCGGAACCAAAUUCUUGGAGGGCUGGCUAUCUUCGACCUGGAAAACAUUGGCACGCAACACGCGUGGCAGAUAACUCCAUACGUAGCUGCCAAAAUUGUCAAACUCUUAGUGUCAUGUUUUCCAGCGAUGACGCACGCCAUCCAUGUCAUCAAUCAUUCCUGGCUCUUCGACAAGAUGUACAAUAUAUUUAAGCCAUUCCUAAAUUCUGAAAUGCAGUCAAAAAUUUAUUUCCACGGGUACGACUUAAAGUCGCUCCAUGAACAUGUUAAACCUGAACACUUGCCAGAAAGAUAUGGCGGUGUUUGGCCCGAUUAUUCAUACACGGUUUGGCUAGAAUCGUUGAAGAAAAACUUCACAGUUGCCAAAGAAAUGAUUGAAUGUGGAUAUAAGUUCCGCGAAGAGGAAUUUUGUCCAGAAGUUGCUAGAAAAUUGAAGGAGGAAGACAUAAGGUUGUCGUAA